GUUCAUUUUGCCACUGUCAAACAAAAAUAAAAACAUGUUUUUAGUGGUUUCGUAAAUUAAUUUUUUUAGUUAAAAUUAAGUUAAAAGCACAAUUUAUAUUCAAGUUAUAACAGUGUGAAGAACAAUACAAACAAUUGUACAACAUUUACGUGAUCGGUAACCAUAAGUAGGCAACAAAAAUGACUGACGACAAAAAGGUUAUGUUUCAUGAAAUGGAGUUAGAUGAUCGUAUUUUAAAAGCGAUCUCCCAGCUAGGAUGGCCACACCCGACUCUAAUUCAGGAGACGGCGAUCCCGUUGCUGUUGGAAGGCAAAGAUGUGCUGAUGCGGGCGAGAACAGGGUCGGGAAAGACGGCGGCGUUUACCAUACCCGUGAUACAGAAGAUACUAAACCUCAAGAAUACAAGUGCACACCAGUGUAUACGGGCUCUCAUACUAUCACCCAGCAAAGAACUUUGUGGACAGAUUGCAUCAGUUCUAAAGGAUCUAACAAUAAAAUGUGCCAGAGAAGUGAGAUGUAUAGACAUUUCGUCCAAUGGUGACAUGACCAUACAGAAGUCCCUUUUAGCAGACAAGCCAGACAUUGUAGUGGCAACUCCGUCAAGAGCAUUAGCUCAUCUGAAGGCCAAUAAUAUGAGGCUAAAAGAUGACCUUGCAGUACUCGUGGUGGAUGAAGCAGACUUGGUGUUUUCCUUUGGUUAUGAAGAUGAAAUUAAAGAGUUACUUGGUCAUUUGCCAAAAAUAUACCAAGCAGUGCUCGCAUCAGCCACUCUCUCAGAUGAUGUGUUGAGCUUGAAGAAAAUAGUCCUCCGCAACCCUGUCACAUUGAAGCUCGAGGAACCAGAGCUGGCUCCGUCAUCACAGCUCCAACACUACCAUCUGUUUGCCGAGGAGGAUGAUAAGGCGGCCAUCUUGUAUGCCCUUCUCAAAUUGAACCUUAUUAGGGGCAAGAGUAUUAUAUUCGUGAGGACAGUCGAUAGGUGUUAUAAGUUGAAGUUAUACUUGGAACAGUUUAAGAUCAGUUCUUGUGUACUCAACUCAGAACUGCCUGCCGCUGUGAGGGUUCUAUCAGUUAACCAAUUCAAUAAGGGCAAGUACCAGAUCAUUAUAGCUUCUGAUGAGAAAGCCCUGGAGAGGCCAGACGGAGGGCUACUGAGUGGAGAAGAAAUGCCAAGUAAAAAGAAGCCAAGAUCCAAGCGGAAGAGGGAUAAGGAGUCAGGCUCAUCCCGCGGUAUUGACUUCCACCAUGUGUCAAACGUUAUCAACUUCGACUUCCCUCUCGAUAUCACGUCUUACGUGCACAGAGCGGGACGUACGGCCAGAGGGAAUAAUCAGGGAUCAGUGUUGUCUUUUGUGGCAAUAAAAGAGAAGCCACUUAUGGAUGCAGUGGAGCAGCACUUAUCCAAAGGCUUCAAUGGACAGACUGUGUUACAGAAGUACUCGUUCAGCAUGUCGGAAGUGGAGGGUUUCCGGUACCGAUCUCGUGACGCGUGGCGCUCAGUGACGCGCGUGGCGGUGCGCGAGGCGCGACUCGCUGAGAUCCGCAGAGAUUUGCUUGCUUGUCAACGGCUGCAGGGUUACUUCGAAGAGAACCCUUCGGACCUGGCGGCGUUGAAGCGGGACAAGGCGCUCCACACUGUCCGGCAUCAGGCGCAGCUGGCGCACGUGCCGGACUACCUGCUGCCGGCGGCGCUCCGCAGCCAGGCGGAGGCGGAGGGCGAGGAGGGCGCGGAGCGAGACGGGGGCGAAGCGCCCGCUAAGAAGAAGAAGACGGCCAGCUUCAAGAGCGCCAAACGGCAUAAGUAUCAGGCGCGCCAGAGCGACCCACUCAAGAGUUUUGACAUAAAAAACCUGAAGAAAACACCGGCAGCCGAAACGUAGUAGUUAGUACGCCGAUUGUUGUUAAUAUACACUGUACAGUUA